AACCGAACAAAGACGGACGUAAAGCGCCACGCUGUGACACGAAGAAGGAGUUUGUGUUCUUUCUGCGUAAAAAUGGCUCAAGGCUCAAAGAAAUUUAAGGCUCAGCGUCCUGGAGGGUCCAAGAAACACCAACAAAACAAACAAAAAGGACCGAAGAAAGGAGGGAGGAUUAUCGCACCCAAGAAGGCUCAAGUGGUUCAGCAACAGAAGCUAAAGAAGGGUCUGGAGGUUGCUAUCAGGAACAAGAUUGAGCAGGAAGUGACCCAGAAGGCCAGCUCCUCCCUCCACAAGCCCCUGGCUGUUGUUAAAGGUGCUGAGGGGAAAGGAAAGUCCGCUGCUGCCCGCCCUGGAACCAGCUCCAAAUAAGAACCACCACCGCCCGGGUCUCAUCAGGUUAUGGACUUUAAUGGAACCUCUGCUGGGGCUGCAGAGAAUUCAUUCAAACACAGUGUUUGCUGUUUUAUGUUCAGCGUGGUUCCAUUUCCCUUCAGUCACUUUAUAGUGUUUGUACAAUAAAAAAAAAAAGGUGAGAUAAA